UUAACCACUUGUUGUUCUUAACAGGCUUUUUACAGGUUUCCUCUUCAUUUGAGGUGAAAGACUCAAGUGGUAAGGUCUGCAUCAUUGCUGACCUGACAGCAGCCUUCUCAGUGGAGUACAAAAGCAAUGGGCAAAAAGAGCUGGCACACUUUCUCCUUCCCCAAAACGCUACAGUAGAACCACAGAGCUCCUGUGGCAAAGCCAACACCUCUAAUCCAAUCCUGGUGUUGGGUUUUGGAGCAGGACAUUCAUUAAGCCUGAAUUUCUCAGAAAAUGCAGACAAAUAUGAAGUCGAAGAGCUAGUUUUCCACUACAAUCUGUCAGAUGGGACUUUGUUCCCUAAUGCAACUGCAGGAGAAGUGACAAAAGUGUCUCACAAAACUACUAUUCAGGCAUAUCUGGGCACAAAAUACAUCUGCAUCAACUCCAAGCAUGUCAGUAUGAAGAAUGUGAAUAUUACUUUCAGCAACAUGACUUUGGAAGCCUUUCUCACAAAUGGCACCAUCAGUAAGAACAAGACAGAAUGUGCUGAAGAUAUGCUCUCUACUACUGCUGUAGCACCUACAACCCCUCGACAGACGACUAGCCAGGCUCCAACAACCAGCCCAGCUCCAACAACCAGCCCAGCCCCAACUGCAUCACCCCCAGACCCUGCAGUUGGUAAAUACAACGUGACUGGUCCCAAUGGCACCUGUGUGCUUGCCUCCAUGGGGCUGCAGCUUAAUAUCACCUAUCUGAAAAAAGAUGAAAAGGUGGGUUUGGAUUUGCUGAAUUUCAUCCCUCCUAACACCACCUCUUCUGGGAGAUGUGACAACACGUCUGCCCUCCUGAACCUGACCUUCGAGAGGACCAGUGUCGUCUUCCGCUUCGCCCUGAAUGCAAGUGCUGAAAAAUUCUUCCUGCAAGGUAUGAACAUCAUCACAACUCUGCCUUCUGAAGCAAAAGUUCCACAGUUUGAAGCCACCAACAACAGCAUGAGUGAGCUGAGAGCUACAGUAGGGAACUCCUACAAGUGCAGCAUGAAGGAGAAUCUCCAGGUCACAGACAAAGCCCUUGUCAAUGUAUUUAACGUUCAGGUCCAGGUCUUCAAGAUUGAUGGUGACAAAUUUGGGGCAGUGGAAGAAUGUCAGCUGGAUGAAAACAACAUGCUGAUCCCUAUCAUAGUUGGUGCAGCCCUGGCUGGUCUUGUUCUGAUUGUCUUGAUUGCUUACUUGAUUGGCAGGAAGAGGAGCCAUGCUGGAUAUCAAACCAUUUAAUGACUUGCACUAAAAUCCAGUGUAGGUGAAAAGCAAUUGCAAGAGGCUCAGAAAAAAAAAAACAAACCCACACGUUUCCCCUGAGCUGAGAUUGAUAUUGUAAGGGAACACCUCUUCUUGCAAAUUGCUUCUUCUUUAAAGUCUGCUUUAUUAAAUGUGAAAUCAUCUUGCAGCAUUUAACUAUGCACAAAAAAAAUAACUUUUGAAAAUUCUGGUGUUUAAUUUUGCUAACUAGUUUAAAUAUUUACCCACUUAGAAAAACAAGCUAAAAGUUUUUAAGGGUGCUUUUCUGGAAUUGGCCUAAGGUUGUGUCAGCUAAAGAUACCAGAGAGGGAUGUUGCUAAUUCACACUGACUCUAUUUCAGAACUCUUAACAAAGGGAAAAAAUUCAUUCUCUGUACUGCUGCCAUCCAGCGAUGGUGUUAAUUCCACUGAUGAUGCAUUUAAAAAUUCAGUAACAACUGACAGAAUUGAAAUUGGAAGUCUCAAUUUCACCUUGUCUCUUGGGUGUGUUGUUUUGUACUAAGCUUUAAACCCGAUGCCUGGCAGAUGCAGGGUGUGGACGACGCAAUACUCCAACCUUACAGGAACUCUUUAUGAUUGGACAACUCCCCUGUUGGAUAUUUUUGAUGCCACGCCAGCUUGUUAGGAGCUGGCACUUUUUUAAAAUGGGUGUUAUUUUUAUUUACUUUUUUUUUUGUAAAGUGAUUUCAGUCUAUUCUGUUGGAAGGUCCAGAGAGAUCCUGUUACUGCACACGUGUACAAUAUAGAUCUCAAUCUGCUGAUUCUCUUGCUUUAAACUUGGCUGGGGGGUUGUACACUUUAAGGAUCAGUUCUUAUGUAUGCAUUGCCUGUAACAAUGCUAAUAAAGACACUUUUUUUCUGUAUA